AUGAAGCACCUGCUGAGACAUGAUUGCUCGUUUGUGGAAUACAAAGACUUUAAACUGGUUUACCGUCAGUACGCCGCUCUGUACAUCGUGGUCGGCGUCACGGACAACGAGAACGAACUUUCCGUCUACGAGCUGGUUCAUAACUUUGUGGAGGUUUUGGAUAAAUACUUCAGCCGGGUGAGUGAACUGGACAUCAUGUUCAACUUGGACCGAGUCCACAUCAUCCUGGACGAGAUGAUCCAGAACGGACACGUGGUCGAGACCAACAAGAGCCGCGUCCUCGCACCGCUCACCGCCCUCGACAAGAUGGCCGACGGCUGAGGCUCCACAGGAAGUGAUGUCACAGGAUAGACAUCAUCCGGUGGAGAUUAAACUGACGGGAAUCGAACCUUCAACCUUGUGACUGUUUAAGGUUCCGAUCAAUAUGAACGGAUUUUGUCAUUUCUCCACUGACGUCUAGAUUUAUUAUUUAGUCAAAUAAAGUCAAUUUAUAAAACUUUAUUUAACCCUCCGAUGGUCAAAAGUGACCCAAAUUAUUUAGUUUCAUCUUUGAUUAUGUAUUUUAUUACGAUAUUUAAAAAAUCCUCAAACACCUUAUUUUAAUUUUAUUAUUUUGCCAUAAAGGUAUAUUUUUAUGUCUCUGCAUGAGCAGAAAAAGACGUGCGUGUUCUUUAUGUUUCGUCUCUUUUGAAGAUAUAAAUAUAUAUCUUUCAUUGUUUCAGUGAAACGUGUAAAAACAAACUAAAGGUUAAUAAUAAACACAGGACUCCGUCUUUACUUCAUACUUUGCAAACAUUUUAAUGAUUAUUUUUUUUGGAGCAUACACAUUUGAAAAUAUCUGUUUUUUUACCUCAAACUGCAACUUGAGUUAAAUAAAUGUUUAUAAUAAUAUACAAAGAAAAUACAAGAGGGGGAGCAGAGCUUCUUCAAACCAGUGUUUGUGUCUCUAGAGACUCUACAGCCGGGUCACAAAACAACCCAAAGAAACCGCUCGCACACGAAACACAGAGCUUCAAAUAAAAACAGAGGAGGAGGAGGAGCAUGAUCGUUUGAAGGAGGAGGACCUGAAGCUACGAGUCAAACCAGGCACUAAACUGAGGAGGAGGAAGGUCAACACACACACACAGCAGCCUGAAGGAGACGAGGACACAAGGGAAGGAGGCGAGGGGGUUUAAGGAUGUGAGUUUUUUUUUUUUUCUGUCAAACAUAAAUCCUCCUCCUCGUCCUCCAGCAGUCGUCAGGUUGCAAUUGGCCGGCUGAUCUGUCCGUCACGCGAGGAGCAUGCUCAGUGAGGUCAGUUGAGGUGGAAGCCUUUCUCCAUGGUGGCGGCUAACAGGCGCUCUCUCAUGAUGUCCUCGGAGGAAUACUCUGGGAGCUUCAGGUAGUGGACGCAGGUGUUCACCGACGGGUAGCUGGAGUCUGUGGCGUCCACCUGCAGCCAAUCAGAGCCAAGGAAACACCUUUACUAAAGCUCAAAGUACAGGUAUGAGAUAAAGAGCCAAUCAGAGAGCGGCGUACCUUCCGGACGAUGGUGAGGCGGGGGUGCAGGUUGGCGAGGCCUCCGGGGGGCAGCGUGGAGCAGCCGGUGGUGAACUGGAGGAACGCCUUCCUCUCGUCAGACGACAUCCCGCAGAGAACUCUGACGAACCGCAGGAAGCCGGGACUGGAGGGGUCAGAGGUCGGAGGUCACUCACCGGACUGAGGGGAGGGACUCUGGCCCCUCUAAGGGGAGGGGGGGACGGACUCUGGCCCGUCUAAGUGGACUCACCUGUCUCUGGUGAAACCCAGCUUUGGUUCUGUGUAGUUGAUGAUGUCAUCAGCGGUCCAGGAUGGUGAUUGGUUCCCACAGAGGAUCAUCUGAACCUCUUUAUGGCUGAAAGAACUCAACUUCUCCAUCGGAAACACUCGAUUGAAUCCCUCUGAGGAGGAGAAGAGGAGAUGAGACAGGAGAGGAGCGGAGGAGACAGGAGAGGAGAAGAGGAGACAAGAGAGGAGGGGAGGAGACAGGAUGAGACAGAAGGAUUGUUUAAUUGUUUUUUCAUGGUUUAAUGUUGAUUCUCCUCAUGAGUAACAGACAGGAACCAGUUCACUGUGUGUCUUUCUGUGUGCGUCUCUGUGUGCGUCUCUGUGUGUGUGUGUGUGUGUGUGUCUCUCUGUGUGUGUCUGCGCGUGUGUACCUCUGAAGGCCUCCAUCUGUUUCUGGAUCCCCGUGUGCAUACAGAAGUCAAACAUCAGCUCCACGUACUCCUCAGCGUUCUCCAUCGUCACCAUCUGUAAGAAACCAGGAGGUGUUCAGGAACCAGAACUCUGAAGUGGAUCCAUCAACACCUCAGAACUCAGACGUGGUCUUUACCUCGUCGUCUCCGUUUGGUUUCAGAUCCACAGCCGAGAAACCGUGAACCUUCGAGGACGGACAGAACUGGAAGUUCAACCUGAGGACAACAAGACAACCAGUUAGUCCAGCAGGACCAGACCAGACACACAAACAGGUUUAGUGGUUUCACUGAAGGUGAACUGGAGACCAGAGGUUCCGCUGUGGGGACGUGGUCUUACCCGAGGUCCUCGAUGCUGAGGGGCGGUCCAGAUCCCAGAGGGUUCCUCAGCAUCAGGUCCUGGAGUCUGGUGUUCUUCUCAUCUUCACACAGACUCUUACUGGAUAGAAUCUGCCUCCUCUUCACCGCCAGCUCCUUCACCUCCUUCAGGAAACGAGCCCUGCGGGGGGGGGGGGGUCAAAGACCAAGAGGAGGAGGAGACACAAAAUAAAACAUGGUUAUUAAUGAUUAACUGUUUGCAGUGAUACGUUCUGGGUUUUCCUCCUUUGGUGAAGAUUCCACAGAAGCAGACAGUCAAACCUCUCUCACUACUCUUCUUCUCCCAUCACUCCAUCCCUCUAAACAGCGCCGCCUAGUGGUCGUAUCUGAUCACUUAACAUAACUAUAGAUAUUAGAUAUGUGACCCUGUGCUUACAUAAUUAUGUUUACAUCACACAAUCUCACGCUUACAAUACAAAUCAAGUUGAUUGGCGGCUGUGGUCCUGUACAACACCUGCCUCACCACCUGCAU